AUUACUCAUAUUUUGCAUUUACAAAUUUGUUUAGUCAAUGAUUUAAUCUCAUUUAUUAUUAUUAUUCUUAUCAAAAUAUAUUUAUAGAUCAAACUAAACUUUCGUAAACAGCAUAUCUAAUAAACAGUUUAUCUGUAGCUUGAAUAAAUAACCUAAAAUGGCUCAGGAAGUUGAAGAAACUAUGAAGCGGAUCCAGUCCCACAAGGGUGUCGUGGGUACAAUUGUCGUCAAUUCUGAAGGUAUACCGAUAAAAUCAACGCUUGACAACACGACAACAGUUCAAUAUGCGGGAUUGAUCAGCCAGUUAUCGGACAAAGCUCGUUCUGUGGUGCGUGAUCUAGACCCGACAAACGACCUCACGUUUUUGCGUAUCCGCAGCAAGAAGCACGAAGUCAUGGUAGCGCCUGAUAAGGAGUUUAUUCUGAUUGUCGUGCAAAAUCCUGUCGACUGAUACUCUAGGUUUAUGCUACUAUUUACUAUAUGAUAAACAUUUUUUAAUAAUUUAAUGCUUCUAAUCCUUCACUUUAUAUUUUUCGGGUGACACACGAAUUUUUUAAGGAUAUUCUUCAACCCGAAUUUAUUACUAAAUCGUUUGCACGGAACAAAGUUUAACUAAAUUGCAAUAUUAUUUUUUCUUUAAUAUUAGUUAAUUAUUGUUGUGAUUAUGUACAAUUCAAUAAUUUAUUAAUAUAUAGUUAAGUCAAAUUUAAUUAUAUCAACAAAAAUAUUUAUAUAAAUCUGUAACACUUAUUGAUUAAAAUAUAAUAAUAUUGA